AAGUGUUGCGUCGGCAGCUCUCGAGGCACAGUCAGAGAGUGAGAGAGAGAGAGAGAGAGUGAGGUGGAGGUAGAGUGUCACGGUCAUGGUAGACCCGCAGACACCGUACAUACUCUCAGAAGUGCUGGAGCUACAUUGGCAGCGGCAAAUAUGAGAGGAGAUAAGUUUACAGGGUGAGCUCGGCUGGUUGGGCAGCCGCUGUCGCAAUUUUUUUUUUUUUUUUUUGUGGAGAGAGAGAGAGACGACGCAAAACAUUUGGACGUCGAGGAAGUCGCGGGACAGGCCGUGUUAGUGGAGAAAUAACCGGUGGACACAUUUAAGGUGGUGGAGGUGGUGUGUGUGUGUGUGUGUGUGUGUGUGUGUCUGCUAGCGAAACAUGAACAAAAACCACCGAGUGCCGAGCAGCCGUUCCCUGAGUGCCGUGGAGGUGAAGAGCAAGUUUGGUGCAGAGUUUCGUCGGUUCUCGCUGGAUCGCUCGAAGCCGGGUCGCUUUGAUGAGUUCUACGGCCUCUUGCAGCACGUCCACCGCAUCCCCAACGUGGAGCUGUUGGUGGGCUACGCCGACGUGCACGGCGACCUGUUGCCCAUCAACAACGAUGACAACUACCACAAAGCCAUCUCCACCGCCAGCCCUCUACUCAGGCUGUUCCUGCAGAGGAAAGAGGAAGCCGAUUACUCAACGUUUGGUACCGACUCGCUGACCAGGAAGAAAAACACAGUGCUUUCCGCGGUUCUUCUGCGGCCUGAUGCCAACAGGAAAAAGCCACCGGUGAUCAUCAGCCUCCCUAAGGACUUCCGUCCCGUCUCCUCCAUCAUAGAUGUGGACAUCCUCCCCGAGACGCACCGACGUGUUCGCCUGUACAAGCACGGUCAGGAAAAACCCCUGGGUUUCUACAUCCGCGAUGGCUCCAGCGUACGGGUCACUUCACAGGGCCUGGAGAAAGUCCCGGGGAUAUUCAUCUCUCGCAUGGUACCCGGUGGGCUGGCUGAGAGCACGGGCCUGCUGGCAGUCAACGAUGAGGUGCUGGAGGUGAAUGGUAUCGAGGUGGCUGGAAAGUCUCUGGAUCAGGUGACGGACAUGAUGAUCGCCAACAGCCACAACCUCAUCAUAACAGUCAAGCCUGCCAACCAGCGGAACAAUGUUGUUCGCAGCGGCGGUGGCGGUGGUGGUGGUGGAGGAGGCGGCGGGGCGUCUGGUAGCUCAGGACGCUCGUCGGACAGCGGUGCCAGCUACUAUGGCUACUCAGCGCAUGGCGGGGUCAGCGCUACGGCCUCCAUGCCAUCGCACAUCAUCCAGAACUUCCCCGUCGGAGAGCUAGACAGCGACGAGGACGACGAGGACCUGGUGAUCGAGGCAGGAGGCGAGGCCGAGCCCAUCGCACGCGCCCCCUCCAACUAUAGCAUGCCCCCGCUGCCUCGCUAUGAACCGCAUCUCAACCUCCGCACCACCACCAACAUUUCCUCUGCCCUCUCCAUCAACGCCAACGGGACCCUGCCAGCCAGCGGCAGCAGCGGAUCACUAAGCAACGCCAACGCCACUUCGACCACGCCGUCGCCAGACAGAGCAAUGGAGAGGCGGAAUCUGGAGGAGGACGGCACUGUUAUAACUCUGUAGACUGGGCAUUCACACACUAAACACUGGAAACCAGAGGGAGACACUACUACACACACACACACACACACACGUGGGAGUCAUGGAUCAGAACAUUAAACAUGGGAACAUCCUGCACCAUCGUUCAGUGACUGUACCUGAGAAGCACAAUGAAACUUGUACAUAUUGAAUCUCAAUAUGACACUGACACCUGUAUGUCUGUACAAACACUGCACCCCAUACUUCCUUUCCAUCCUCUACAUGCCAAUGACCACGCACGUGUGCCAUAGUGGUGGGGACGCCCUCCCUGAUUCUGCAGGCACAAAAAUAUCAGAAAGAAGUGUAGAUAAAACGUCAUCCCAACUAUCCUCCACUUUAUUUCUAAAUCACUGGAAGCCCUUGUUAUUACCCCUAAAGCUGUUGUUAUGCUCAUCUUCCACUAGAGGGCAAAGAUGAGAUGCCCCAUCCCUCUCGAUCAGUCCCAUGAAUAUAUGAAGGUAGAAGUCCUGUGAACAAGUCCACCCCUCUCAUAACAAACACACACUGAAGUAGGACUUUCAGCUCACGCAUACGUCGACAAUCUCCGGUAUAUGUAUUUUUUUUCUGGCUUUGUCAUCUGACACCCCACCAUAGCACCACACUGAGACCACCUCCCUCCCCCCAGGUGACCACAGCAUGCGUUGGGACAUGGUUGCGGUACUUUCCACACAAUGCAGUGCCACAACAAUCGACCAAGUGCUGAGAUCUGCAAUAAUGUUUUUUUUUUUUUUUUUUUUUUAAAUUGAGGAGAAAGCUAAAAAGCAAAAAACAAAACAAAACAAGUCUGGGUUCUUUGUGUCGGCUCAGAUGCUUUUUAACCACUGUUGUUAGCUCUUCACCUGCUGUGUUAAUGACUGAUAAUGAAACGCUGAUGAUUCUCUGGAGCAACUUGUCUUGAAAAUUCCUUUACUGUAGGCCUGUGUUUUUAUAUGAUUUUAAUAUUUGCUUUCUGUGUUCUUUCCUCUUCUUUUUAAACAAUACUUUUAUCUCACGUGACUAUACGAUGAGUUUCUGUCUGACCCAUCAGAAAGUGUGAGUCACUCCAGGAAACCGCUCCUUACCUGUCAAUGAAUCAUGUUAGAUUUCAUUUCCUUCAUAUUGCACUCCCUCCUUCCCACGACAAGGGCUAUUUCCCCUGCUGCAUGUGUGCGAUUGACAAAAUGAGAAUGUGAUUUUAAUUUCUUUUUUUUCAUUUGUUUGUUUGAUUUUUCUCUCCCUCUUUAUUCUUCCUGGACCCGUGACUCAAUAUAUCUAAUCUCAGUGCUGUACCAUUUUAUUCACCCUGUUUUCUAGCCAGGUCCUGAGUUCUCUUGGAUGUGUCCUGAGACAUUUCACAGAUGAAAAGUGUUUUCUCCAGUAUUUUCUGCCCAUUUUCCUUUUUUUUGUAGCUUCAUUCUCACUGAAUUCAACUAAUGACCACACAUAGAGCUACUAAACACUGACUAUGGACCCAAAUGGCAGAUCGAUAGCUGGACUGAAACACGAUAUGAGUUGAAAUGAGCGAUACAUACGGUGUAGAUAGAGAAGCCUGUCUGUAUUUCAGAAUAAAACAUGGUCAGCUUGAGUCAUAUUUUUAAACAAACACACAUGCAGGUACAUCGGGCACAAACGCUUUCUAUAUUUGAUAAAGGUGAGGUCUGUAUGUGCAGUAUGUCUUGGCUCUGGUCUGUAUAUCCUAUUUCCACUGAAGGAGUUGCUUUGCUGGAAAAGCUGGAAAGCAACAAGGCUGUAAUUAACUUUAUCUCUGUAAAAACCUGAUUGACAGAUUAGGCCGAAAUUUUUUUAAUGAGAAUUUCAUCUUCAAAGCUGCACUUUCUUUUCAAAUUCCACGUCCUAAAUGUCCAUCCAUUAACGUUGCUACCUGCUGCUAACUGCCUCUCUGAAGUGAGAGCAGAUGCUCUGUUAUUUCCCUUUAUUGAUUUUCAGCAUUCAGCCUCCUGUUAAAGUGAUAACACUGAUUUUUAUCUCGCUCACUGAAACGGUUCUCUCACACACACACACUCAGUGGUGUUUAUGGGCUUCAUCUGAACAUAUGUGCACUUAUAAUGAAACAUAGAUCACCCUGUUCAUCAUU